GGUUUUCGAGAAGAUGAUUUGGCUCUAGUGACCACCCAAACCCUCAGCCUUUUCUUCUCCGUCACCUGUUCCCGACUCGCGCAUCUCUCUCUUUCUCUCUGCAACAGUUCUCAUCAAUAGCUCUCGGAACCCUAAAACUCUCUCUGGCUUGUGCUUCGGUCUUCAAAUCCACAUUCACUCUCAUUUGACUCUUCCAUUUCACUCUCUCCCCUUUUUCUCCGAUUGAUUUUUCUGUAUCGUUCCUCUAUCUCGACAAGGCCAUGGCAGAAGGAAAUCUUGAUCUUCCUGACGAUCUUCUUUCCUCUAAGACUUCCGAUCACUCCAAAGGUAAUGAUGACAACAAGCCUUUCAUGGGUCAGCUUGAUAUUUCCAAAGAUCAAGCAAUGGUGGACAGCAGCAUUCCUUUGUCUCCACAGUGGCUUUAUGUUAAAUCAAGUGACACAAAGAUGGAACCGCGUCCACCAAGCUCUCUGUCACUUGGAAGUUCUGUUGAUUCAAGUCAGAAGGAGGCUUGGCGUACAGAUGUACCUGACGACAAGAAGGAUUGGAGAAGAACGACAGUGGAGACUGAGAGCAGUCGCCGGUGGCGUGAGGAAGAAAGGGAAACUGGCUUGCUUGGUCGGAGAGAACGAAGGAAAACCGAUCGCCGUGCUGAGCAUGAUGUUAAUAACCGCAAUUCUGGGCUUGAUACAAGGCGUGAUAACAAGUGGUCUUCUAGGUGGGGUCCUGAUGACAAAGAAAAAGAAAAUCGCAGUGAGAAAAGGAUAGAUGUAGAUAAGGAAGAUGUUCAUAAUGAUGGUCAAACAUUUGUGGCUAACCGUACUGUCUCAGAACGGGAGUCAGAUUCUCGUGACAAGUGGCGUCCACGCUAUAAAAUGGAGGGCAACUCUGCUGCUCCAAGUUCCUAUCGAGCUGCUCCAGGUUUUGGACAGGAGAGAGGAAAAGUAGAAGGGUCAAAUGUGGGAUUUAACUUGGGUCGUGGGAGGUCUACUGGGACUAUUAUAAGACCUUCCUCUGGGGGUGCAAUUGGUGCUUCACCAUUUGAGAAUUCUGUCGCUGGAAAAUCAAGAAUCUCGACUGGCAUAUUCAGUUAUCCACGGGGGAAAACUCUUGACAUAUACCGCAGGCAAAAGCUUGGCUCAUCUCUUUGUAGCAUGCCUGAAAAUAUGGAAGAAGUUCCCCCAGUUACCCAAGUAAUUGCUAUUGAACCAUUAGCUUUUGUUGUUCCUGAUGCUGAGGAAGAGGCUGUUCUCAAUGAUAUAUGGAAGGGUAAAAUUACCGGUGGUGGUGUUUCUCACAAUUCUUUUAGAAAGGGUCAAUCAAUGGAUAAUGUCACAGAAACAGGGGAUACAGAGCCCAACAAUACAAAAAUGGGUGCUCCCUUCGCUGAUGUCACUGAAGAGACAGUUGAUAGAUUAUUGAAAACUUCAAUAGGUGUUGAAGAAGCCAAUACCUAUAGCUUUGUUUACGAGAACGGUGUCAAGGUCAAGUGUGAUGGAGGAGAUAAUCAUGAAGGACUGAAAGACAAUGUUUCUGAAGCUAUUGCUGCAGAUGGAAGUUUGUUUACCAGGAAGAGAACUGACAAUAGUGACUGCCUUAACUACAUUAGUGGGUCCCAAUCUGAUAUUUCUGUGCAGAGCUUACCAGAUUCCGGAGUAACCAGGACACCUAUCUUUGAGAACAAUCAACAUGUUGCUUUUGAUGGCAGUUUGAAGGUGUCUGAUGAUUCAAAUUCUGUAUUUGUGAAGUCCUCUUCUGAAAAUUAUUGGAACAACCUUCUAGGAAGGGGUAUUCCACCAGAGGAGUUGAGUUUGUACUAUCGUGAUCCUCAGGGCGAAAUCCAGGGGCCAUUUCUCGGAGCUGACAUCAUUUCAUGGUUUGAUCAGGGAUUUUUUGGUAUGGACUUACUAGUUCGCUUGGAAGAUGCCCCUGAAGAUUCACCUUUCUUUGAACUUUGUGAUGUAAUGCCGCAUUUGAAAUUUGAACAUGAGCAUGUUGGUAACACCAAUCUUUCCCAGGCAGAACCAUCUGCUGUACUAGAGGGGAAGUUGGAUUCUGGUUUACGUAGCUCAGCUUCUGUUUCUGAGAUGGUUGGUUCUGCUGCCUUUGAUGGCUCGAGCUGGCCGCCAUCUGAUUGUGAUGGCCUUGGUGGACUUCAUAUUCAGUCAAUACCUGAUCAUCCAGCUCGUCAAUUUAAACCUCCAUAUUCACAUAGUGAAGACUUUAACAAUUUUGUUGCUCAAGAUGAAGAAAUUGUGUUUCCAGGAAGACCUGGAAGCGGUGGCAAUGCUAUUGGAAAAACUUCCACAGGCCUUACUGAUCCUUCAAAUAUCCACCGUGCAACUCCAAGCACAAUGUGUGAGGGUGGAGUUCCAAAUCAUGAACAGACAUUGCACCCACUUGGCUUAUUAUGGUCAGAGCUUGAAGGUACUGCAGGAAAGAGUGGUCCUAUCUCAGAUGCUCCUUUUAGAGGAAGUGGCCAGGAUCAAGUUCUAAACUCUGGUGCUGCGAGGGUUGGGCCAUUUGGUGCCAAGACGGACUCAACCUCUGCUCUGGAGACAUGGACUGAUGCUUAUAGAAGAAAUGCUGGAUCUGAACCCAACAUAUAUCAAGAAGCUAUGGAUGCCAGCUGCUUGUUGCACCAGGACCAUGAACUGAACCGGUUUGAGUUGGCAGACAAACUGUUUUCCCAACAACUUCAGCAACAGCAUCCUCAUAAUUUGAUAUCCUCUCAUAAUAGUCACUUAAAUGAAGCUAUGAUGGAACGUGGCACAAAUCAUAAUUCAAUACACCAACCACAGUUGGCGAGUCAGACUGGGCAGGAUCUGGAACACUUUAUGGCGCUUCAGCUGCAACAGCAGAGACAGUUGCAGCUUCAACAACUGCAGCAACAACAACAGUUCCAUCAACAGCAAAUGCUAAUGAAAGAACAAGAGUCCCAUGCUAGGCAGCUGGUUCUCGAACAAUUAUUGCAGAGACAAGUACGUGAACCAAGUUACACACAAUCACGUCUUGAUGCUAUUAGGCAUAGCAGUGCUCUGGAGCAGGUGUUGAUAGAGCAACAAAUUCUGAGUGAACUGCAACAGCGUCCACAUCUUCCACCAAGACAUGCUGAACCAUCUAUUGAGCAUCUCAUUCAAGCAAAGUUUGGUCAAAUACCACAUCAAGGGCCUCAAAGUGAUUUAAUGGAGCUCCUAUCACGGGCAAAACAUGGACAGUUGCAUCCUUUGGAGCAUCAAGCCCUUCAACAAGAACAAGCACAUGAGAGGUUAAGACAACGUUUGGAAAUGGAGGAAGACAGACAGAUUGGUGCUGUCUGGCCUGCUGAUGAAACUGGUCAGUAUCUAAGAAAUCCAGGUGUUGCUCGUCGAGCAAACUCUGGAUUUGGUCCAUUAGAUAUUUACCAACAGCAACAGAUACCCCCUCCGGAAGAGCAUGUUAGUCAUCUGGAAAGGAAUUUGUCAAUGCAGGAUAGACUUCAGCGGGGUCUCUAUGACACUGGAUUUCUGCCUUUGGAACGGACGAUGUCAGUACCUGGUGGUGGUCCUGGUGUUAAUUUGGAUGCCAUAAAUCCUCUAGUGCGCGCACAAGGUUUAGAAAUGCAAGAUCCAAAUUCAAGAAUGCACUCAGCUGGUCACAUGCCUGGUUUCUCGACUGGCAUCCACUUGCAAUCUCCUCACCGUCCUCUAUUUUCAAAUCAGUUUCAUGCUCCAAAUGGAGAUACAAUGGAAAAUCAUUGGUCUGAAAGAAAUGGUCAGUUACCAGCUGAUUGGAUGGAAACUAGGAUGCAGCAACUACAUCUCAAUGGUGAGAGACAAAGAAGGGAUUUUGAUGUCAAAAGGGCUUCUGAAGAUCAAAGUAUGUGGAUGUCAGCUGGUGCUAAUGAUGACAGUUCAAAGCGAUUACUUAUGGAACUGCUCCAGCAAAAAUCUGGUCAGCAGUCAACUGAUCAAGCAGAAAUGACCAGAGGGAUUUUGUUUGAGAGGGGCUUUCACUCCGGUCACUUUUCUACGACAAAUGCUUCAAACCGUUCAUUCAACCCUCUUUUGGACCAGGAUAUGAGUCUAAACCAAGCUAUCACUGUUGGGUCAUAUGGUUCUAAUUCAGGUUUUCCACCACAGAGAGAUCAUGUAAAUGAGAUUGCCGAUAGUCUUGAUGCUUGUGAGAGAUUUCCCUUCAAAUCUCAUUCUGGAGCUUUAGCUGAAGCUCAACCUGUCUUUUCCAGCAUCAAUGAAGCCUCUCAGGUACAUUUAGAGGCUCGCGAAAGUAUCGUUAGGCAAACUGGUGUGCCGACUGUAGAAGGGGAAAUGCCAAUUAACUUGCUCAGCAGGCACACUUCACUUGGUACUGGAGAUUGUAAUGUUUUUAAAUCAUCUUCAGGUGGAAGUCUUGACUUUUACAAUGACAAGAGUGAUAGAAGGGAUUCGGCUACAGAGGAAAUUCCUAAGGAACGGAUGGCUGUGACAUCAAAAAGGUCAGAUAACAUCUUGCCGAAGCACCCACCUGAAUUGCGCGUUUCUUCAACCCAGGAGGGUCUAUCUGAGACAACUUCUGAUAGCCUAGUGAGAGGCAAAAAUCCUUCAGAUGCCAUGGCUUCUGAAGGGGGUAAGAGGGAAGCUGGAGGUAAUGCAGCAAAUCAAGUUCCCAGUGCUAUGACGUCUGACAAGAAAGACGGGCGCUUCCGACGAACUGCAUCUUGUAGUGAUGCUGAUGUUUCAGAGACAUCAUUCAGUGACAUGCUUAAGAGUAAUGCUAAGAAGCCAACAGCUCAGGAAGCACAUGCAUCAGAGGCAUUGGAUGCAACACACCGUAGUGGUAAGAAGAAAGGAAAGAAAGGAAGACAAAUUGAUCCUGCUCUUCUUGGUUUCAAGGUUACAAGCAAUCGCAUCAUGAUGGGUGAGAUACAACGCAUAGAAGAUUAGUUACUGUACAGUUGGUAACUUGUGUCCCGAUUUCUUGUGCUGUACAUUUUCGCGUCAUCUGUGAAAUUUCCAUAACACAUUUUCUUUUACUCCAUCCCAUUUUGUGUAGGGGUGGCUUGAGAUAUAGUUAGUGUUAGGUAGUGUAGACAAUUAGUUGUGUGGAUUGAAUCUUUAUAGAUACAACCAAUCAAGUAGAGUAGAGGAACAUUCUAACAGAAUGUUUUCCUUUAGCCAAUGAGAUAAGGGCAAAAGAAUAUACCAAUAA